AUGGCUUCACGAUUCCCACGUCAACGUGAUCCCCGCUCCUCUUCGUCUCUCUUCGAUCAAUACGGUGGCGACUCCCGCCAAGCCAGCAGGUCUCCUACCCAACCAGGUGGAUACGGGUACGGAGGCUACUCCAGCCCAGGACCUAAUAGUUAUGCGAGCAACGGUGCAGCUCGACCCGGAUAUCAGAAUGCAUCGCCUGAUAAAAAAGGACACUAUUCAGAUGCAGUUCUUUCAUCGCUCGAGUCACAGAAUGAUACAGAAGUAGAAGGUAUCAGCGCCAAGGUCAAAAUGUUGAAGGAUCUCACACUUGCGAUUGGAGACGAAAUCCGGGACACCGCACAUAUAACCGAUCUCAACGAUUCAUUCGAUAACACCCGAGUCCGACUGCGCGGAAACAUGAACCGCAUGCUUCGCAUGGCCGACAGCACUGGCAUCGGCUGGCGAGUCUGGCUCGGUUUCUUUUGUGCAGUCUUCCUUCUAUUUUUCUACGUGUGGAUUUUCUGA